AUGUGGCACGGCGGCAUGGGGCAGGGCGGCAUGGGGCAGGGCGGCAUGGGGCAGGGGGGCAUGGGGCAAGGCGGCAUGGGGCAGGGCGGCAUGGGGGCACAUCGAGAAGAGUCCUCCAGAUCCCGCGUGGUGGGCUCACUCCGUCUCCCCUCACCCCGCCUGGCUGUGUUCUACUCUCCUUCCUCCUCUUCUACUCUCCUUGCUCCUCUUCUACUCUCCUUGCUCCUCUUCUACUCUCCUUGCUCCUCUUCUACUCUCCUUGCUCCUCUUCUACUCUCCUUGCUCCUCUUCUACUCUCCUUGCUCCUCUUCUACUCUCCUUGCUCCUCUUCUACUCUCCUUGCUCCUCUUCUACUCUCCUUGCUCCUCUUCUACUCUCCUUGCUCCUCUUCUACUCUCCUUGCUCCUAUUCUACUGUCGUUUCUCCUCUUCUACUCUCCUUGCUCCUCUUCUACUCUCAUUGCUCCUCUUCUACUCUCAUUGCUCCACUUCUACUCUCCUUGCUCCUCUUCUACUCUCAUUGCUCCUCUUCUACUCUCAUUGCUCCUCUUCUACUCUCAUUGCUCCUCUUCUACUCUCAUUGCUCCUCUUCUACUCUCCUUACUCCUCUUCUAAUCUCCUUGCUCCUCCAGGGCUUUCUCUUGUGUGUGAGAGCCGCAUGCCAGCAGUAGCAGACCGCGUGGUGCUGCGCAAGCUGGCCCAGGACAUCCACAAUGCCCAUUUUUUCUCUGCACCCAUCUCCCCACCACCCUCCCUCACCCCUCUUCCCCAACCCUCUCCCCCACCCCUCUCCCUCACCCCUCUCCCCCAACCCUCUCCCCCACACCUCUCCCCCAUCUCUCUCCCCCACCCGCUUGCCCCAACGGCCUCUACCCACCCGUCUCCCCUCCCUGCUUUCCCGCACCUCUCCCCCACUCUCCGCACGCCCCACCCUUACCCCUCUCUGCCACGCCUCUCUCCCAACACUUCCCUAAACCUCUUUCCCAAGCCUCUCCCCCAAACCUCUCGCCCAACCCGCUCCCCAACCCCUUUUCCCCCACGCCUCCCGCCUGUGCCUCCCCUCCACGCCUCCUUCCAACACCUCCCCCUCUCACGCCUUGGCCACACGCCUCUCCCCCACCGUCUUCCUCCCCCAUGCCCUGAUCCUGCCGGGAGGAGUCAGCUGGCGAGGAGGCAGUGGGAUCCAGUGGCUAGCGCAAGUCAAUGCAGUGCGCUCUGCCAGUUAUCAGCCUGCAUCUUCGUCGCCUUCCCUCCCUUUCUUUUCCUUCCCUUUCCUACUUUCCCUUCCCUAUCUUCCUUUCCCUGCUUUCUCUUCCCUCCCUGGCCUUCCCUACCUUCCCCUCCCUCCUUCCCUUCCCUGCGUUCCCUACCUUCCCCGCCUUGCCUGCUCUCCCUCUUUGCAGGGCCUAUUCAGCAGGCGCAAGGCCAAGAUGACCACUAUUAUCACGUCUCCCUCUGGGCACUUGGCAUUUUCUCUGGCAGGCAGUGUGCUCCGCCUCCAUGA